AUGUAUCAGGUCGUCACUAGCUACAAAUUUCAUUCCUUGCUGUUCUUCCUUGCGGAUGUGUUAAAGGAGCUCAACCUUCUCAACAUGAAGUUCCAGCGUCGCCAGGUUGACGCAACCCAUGUGCUGCCGAUGGUACACAACACGACUCUGCUGCUGCGCACUCGUUACCUUGACAGCGGCGACGAGUCAUUCGGCCAGAGCGGCGAUGCGUUGGGGCUGUGGCUCAAGAAUCAUGCUUCAGGGGAGUUCCGUGAGAUGCUCGUUGCUGGCACGGCGUCUGACGGUACUUCGACCAGCCAUCGACACCGACUUCACGAGGAUCCCAUCGAUGGGCAGAAAAGUGGUGUGGACAACCGAGCUUGUUCGGAGCUGGCGCGCGGGUUCGUUACCACAUUGAUCGAUAGGCUUGACUACCGCCUCAAGGACCUUGCCAUGCUCGACGGGGCGAAGCUAUUCAAGCAGGGAUCAUAUCCCAAGACCCAGGCAAAACGUGAGCGCAGAUUGGGACAAUGGCUGCAGUCUCUGCGCAACAUGUUCAAGAAGAAGCCUGAAGACUCGGAUACUCUACCAGUCGCGCCUCGCCGUCACGCACUGGACGUGGCCCCGUCGCUCCCUAGCCGCGCCCAACUCCGCGCUCUGCCACUGCUGCACUUGCACCGCCCACGCGCCCUACCACACGCCCUACCGCGCGCGCGCCUAACGUCGGCGCGCCUACGCAUGCUUGUCCGCGCCUCCCGCGUCUGCGCCUGCCGCACCCGACCGCACGCACUGCCGCACGCCUGCCGCGGCCUACAGUGUGCCUUUCCACGUACCUAUUGUGAGCCCGGCCACGCCAUGUCGCGCCCUACCGCGCGCCGUGUCGCGCGCGUCCUGCGGCAUACAUCGCGACCUGUCGCGCCCUGCCUGCGCACUGUUUCAUGCUCUAUCGCGCCCUGCCGCGCCCUGCCCGUGCACUGCUUCAUGCUCUGUCGCGCCCUUCUGCGCCCACCCGGGCCUACCGUGCGCCCUGCCGCGCACCCUCCCGCGCCCUGCCUCGCCGUACCGACGCGCCCCGUCGAUGGGCUGGACGCGUGCCUGCCGAGCCUGUUGGCCCCACCUGCAGCUACACCUGCCGAGCACCUGUCGCCACGCCUGUCGAGGCCUCCGCGCAUGCGGCCGCGGCUUAAGGUUUCGCUCUGCCACACUGUCUCUGUGUUCUUCGCCUCCACCUUCGGUCGUCCCCUCUCGGCUGCACCAGUUGUGCCACUGCUACCCCGGUUAUGGCAUGCGGGUUCGUACUGCGACUCGAUACGGAGGGGCGGGCGAUUGACUUUGAUGCAUGGCUGGUCAACGGCCAGCUCCACAUGUUGA